AUGGUUUUCUCGAAAUUUGAUAGUUUACCACCUGAAUUAAUUGUAGAAAUAAGUGAUUAUUUAGAUGCAUGCGAUCUGUAUUAUGCAUUUUAUGGAUUAAAUCAACAUAUUACAACAAUACUCGAUCAACAAUGUUAUCGACUUCAUAUUAAUUUGAUUUUUGUUUCAAAGAUUAAAUUUGAUUUGUAUUGUAAUCAAAUUCUGCCAUAUAUUGGUGCUCAUGUUAUCUCUUUAACAUUGAAUGGAGAUAGUUCAUCAACACCUGGCCAGCUUAGACAUUUUUUGACACGUUUUAAUCCUCUUGCAAAAUACUUUGUCAAACUUGAAUCAAUCAAAUUAUUAAACUUUACAAAAUCGGAUGUGGAAAAUCUUGUAACUCAUUUGUCUGGAUUAAUUCAUCUUAAAUAUUUAUCAAUUGGUGACUAUAAACGUUUAAUGCCACUUACUAUAAAUACAGAUGAUUUAUUUGAUGAAACUAUCACUUUACCCAUAUCUUUACGUAGCUUAGCAUUUCCAUACAAAAUUUCAAAUAAAUGGAUUCAAACAUCGAAUGUAACAUCAUUUAUAGAACAACUACAUGUUCAUCUUAUUCAUAUAGAUUCAAUAUUUUUCUUUCUACAAACGUAUCCUAAUUUGAAACGUUUGACUGCUGUUCUAUCAGGUAUUACUGAAAAUAUUUUACAAUUAUUAAUUAAAAUUUUUAUUGAUAUACUCACA